CCGCGACAACUAUAACUACUCCUACGGUUAGUCUGUUAGUCGCCUUUCCCGUCAGACUUUCCCGCCAAUGCUAUACUUUCCCGAACCCACACGAUGACUCCCAUCUCCGACAUUCUCAAGGCCACUGCGCUCGACCUGAGCCCCUACGAAGAUCUCUACAAGUACUUCCACGCCCAUCCCGAACUCUCCCUGCAGGAAGACUUAACCUCACAAAAAGUCGCCGCCCACUUGGCGCAGCUCAACGCCUAUGAGCUCCACACGCACAUCGGCGGCUACGGCCUCGCCGGCGUUCUGAGAAAUGGCCCGGGCAAGACGGUUCUCCUGCGCGCCGACAUGGACGCACUCCCGGUCAAAGAGCUCACCGGACUGUCCUACGCCAGCACCAUCACCGCACGGGAUGCCGAGGGGGUUGAAAAGCCCGUGAUGCACGCCUGCGGCCACGACAUGCACAUGACGUGUCUUCUCGCGGCGGCGGAGAUCCUGGCGAAGUCGCGACACGCAUGGAGCGGGACGCUGAUCGUGCUCUUCCAGCCAAACGAGGAGCGAGGGGGCGGCGCGCAGGCUAUGGUCGAAGACGGGCUGUACUCGAAGGUCCCGGUGCCGGACUACGUCUUCGGCCAGCAUGUGAUGCGCAUGCGGGCAGGGCAGAUUGGCCUCCGACCUGGCACGAUCAUGGCGGCGGCGGAUAGUAUGAAGAUCACGGUGUUUGGGCGCGGGGGCCACGGAUCGCUGCCGCAUCAGACGGUCGAUCCGGCGCUUUUGGCGGCGCAUAUCGUGGUGCGGCUGCAGGGGAUCGUGAGUCGGGAGGUGGAUCCCACGGAUCUCGGGGUCGUGACGGUGGGGAGUCUCCAGGCGGGUCAGACGGAGAAUAUCAUCGCGGACCGAGCGGAGAUCGGGCUGGACUUUAGGACGGUGAAGCUGGAAACGAGGCAGAAGAUUCUGGCUGCGAUUCGGCGCAUUGUCGAGGCCGAGUGUAUGGCGAGUGGCUCGCCGAAGCCGCCUGUGUUUACGCCGACACGGCGGUUUCCGCCGACGAAUAAUGACAAUGAGGCGGUUUCGCAGAUGGCGAGGACGUUUGGGGAGCACAUUGAGGAUUUUGAUGGGGAUGUGCCUAGGAGUAAUGUGAGUGAGGAUGUGUCGACCCUGGCGACUUGCAAGGAUAUCCCGUGCUGCUUUUGGUUUCUGGGUGGAAUUGAUACGCAGGUCUGGGACAAGGCUCUUCAAGAAGGGAAUCAGUUGGAGAUACCGUCGAACCAUUCGGCGCUCUUUGCGCCUGCUAUACAGCCGACGAUGAAAGUUGGGGUAGAGGCUCUCUGUCUUGCAGCGUUGACUUUCUUGACGAAGUCGACAUAGGUGCAAGGAAGAACUAAGGGCGGAUAAAUCGGAGAAGGCUGCGUAUUCUAGGCCUUAAGCAUAUUGGAACGAGACCCAAUCCUUACUCUGUAUUUGGCGCUGUCUUAUAUAGAUAGAAAAGCCAAGCCGAAUAUCUCUUUGAUUGCUGCGUUGGGUAAGCAAGCCAUCGAUCCUUGCUUUAUCGCAACGUAGAUUCAAUAAAAAGAC